UCUAACAAUAUGUGUUUAUUUUUUAAGGGAUGAGUGGAAUAAGGUUAGAUUGGAUGAGACGGCUUCGAAUAGCGCUCGGUGCAGCGAGAGGGGUGCAAUAUCUGCAUGACUUAGCCAAUCCUUCGAUAAUUCACAGAGAUAUUAAAUCGAACAAUAUUUUGCUGGACGAACGGUUGAAUGCAAAAGUAGCAGAUUUCGGUCUUUCUAAGCCAAUGGGAGAACCCGAAAAGGGCUACGUUACCACUCAAGUUAAAGGCACAAUGGGAUAUUUGGAUCCCGAGUACUACAUGACAAACCAAUUGACAGAAAAGAGCGACGUAUACAGCUUCGGAGUUCUUCUAUUCGAAAUUCUAACCGCAAGAAGUCCAAUAGUUAACAGUAAGUACAUCGUUCGAGAAGUCAAAGAAGCAAUGGACAGAACCAAGGUUCUCUACAACCUCCACGACAUCCUCGACCCAAUAGUAGCAGCCAACUCAGCACCAGGCAGCGUCGAAAAGUUCACCGACAUGGCGUUGAGGUGUGUCCAAGAAUCGGGCGAUAGCAGGCCCACGAUGAAUGAGGUGGCGAAGGAGAUCGAAAACAUCAUGGAAUCGGCCGGUCUCAAUCCACAUUCCGAGUCGGCAUCGACUUCGAACAGUUACGAAGGGAAAGGAAAAGAUCACGAACAUCCUUACAUUAAAGAGAGUCUCUUUGCAUAUAGUGGGAGUUUCUCUCCUUCAAGGUUAGAACCCAAGUAGGGGGGCUAUGGGGAGCCAUGGCCCCCAAAUAUAUAAAUAUUUAUUAUUUUUCGAGUAGUGUAGUAUUGUUGUUCCGGGCCCUUCUAGAUGAUAAUAUUAUGUGCUCUCGUGAGUAUGAAAUUCUGGCUCCGCCACUGGCUGAAAGUGAACUUGUGUGUAAAUUUAUUUUUCAGAAUUUGUUGCAUGAGUUUUGUGAAUUGUGCAUGUAUAUUCCAAGAUUUAUUU